GUGUGGUCUCAUACAGAGGUCACACACUAAGUACACUGACUCACUACUUUUUAUCGGCCAAUAACUCUACUCACACCUGCCCUCAUCUUCACACACAAUACAGAACACUCCACUCAAUUUCUCUCUGAAAAUACAUGCACAUAAAACACCUGCACUUUUUCGGCAGAUCUAAUGAGGGUAAUUGCUCUAGCAUUGGGUGGAUCAGCGAAUGAAUUGUUAUCAGUGGUUAUCCAUUUUGGGUUUUGUAAACAAUUGGUUUACCUUGCUCCAUCCAUCUCAGAUGGGCAUAACAAUGUUGUUGGAUGAUAUAAGUCCUCUUUUGGACAAGUCGGAUCAUCCAAAUAUGGCUCAAGAUGAACGUGCUGCUCAAGUUGUUAGGGAAUUAGAUCUGGCUUGUAGAGAAGCUGGAUUCUUUUACGUGACAGGCCAUGGUAUUCCUCAGAUUAGAAGCAUUAAACAUGAAUAUUUUCAUCAACCUUAUGAGGAUAAACUCAAGAUCAAACUUUCUGCCGAAACUGGAUACAGAGGAUAUCAAAGAAUUGGAGAGAAUAUAACCAAAGGCACACCUGAUAUGCAUGAAGCAAUUGAUUGCUAUAGAGAAGUUAAACAUAGGAUGUAUGGAGAUCUUGGAGAAGUUAUGCAAGGAUCCAACAUACGGUCAAGUAGCCCUCCAAAUUUCAAGCAGUUAGUGGAGGAGUAUGUUGACCAUUGCACAGUUGCCUUGCUCUAUUGCAUACUCUUUUGACAUUUUCGCAGUGCCUAUACUGAUAAAGAUUUUCUACAUGGAAGUGACAAGAAAUUGGUGAACUUUUGUAUUAUACUGCUGACAGAUAUAUCACGAAAGAUAAUGAGGGAAAUUGCUAUGGCAUUGGGUGGAUCAGCGGAUGAAAUGGAGGGUGAAAUAGUUGGUGAUCCGUUUUGCGUCUUGCGAAUAAAUGGCUACCCUGCUGCGUCUAUUUCAAAUGGACAUGAGGGAAAAAAGAAGGAAGGAAGGUUGCAUUCUCUCGAAAGAGAUUAUUAAUUUGACCAGUCAAGUUUCUGGGAAAAAUGCUAUUUGAAUUUUACGAUUGUCUUUCUAUCAAUCAUAACAAAAUCACCUCCAUCUGUAACUUUUUUUUAUAAAGAUGUAUCCACUGUUGUCUAGA